ACAAUAGCAAUAACGUUUCCAAAAGGCAUGAAAAGAUCUGCUCUAAAUGAAGUACAUUUUCGGUCUCUGUUCAUUCGUUCCCUAAUUGGUGAAGGCAGGCUGCAGUCAAGUGUUGCUAAAAAUACUGUCGUCCCUAAUGACCUUCAUACGAGUGAAAUCAUACAGGAUUUGGAUCAGUUUGUAGUCAUUUUACUCCUCGUUUUGUUGCCGUUCAGUAGAGAAAACUGAUCCAGGACCUGCUAGGCCCGCCCGCUCCCUUGAGUGCCCUCCUGGAGCACACAGGGCAACCUAGUUGACGUGUCACCAUGACAACAGUGACUCGCAGGGGUGUCUUUUGCGUUUCGAUGAUUUUCAGCCGAUAUUAGCGAGCUAAAUAGGCAAACUAUUACAUGCUAACAUGGACAUUAGUUAAUGGUUUUUGUCUAAGUUGAAAGUUAAAUAAUAAAGAUGUCGGAUAUAUUGUGCAGGUGGCUAAAUGAGGAGCUCCGGCUGUCAAAAACUAUUGAGCCAAAAACCUUUGCAAAUAAUUUCUCUAGUGGUUACCUCAUUGGGGAGGUUCUGCAUAAAUAUCAGCUGCAGAAUGACUUCAGUAUGUUUAUGAAGAAAGACACCUCAAUCUCCAAACUGAACAACUUCACCCGCCUUGAGCCUACUCUUCAGUUACUGGGGAUCUCCUUCGACAUAAACACAGCUCAGGACCUGAUGCAGGAGAGGCAGGGUGUUGCCACACGCCUUCUGUACCAACUCUAUAUCUCGCUAGAGAAGAAGAAGAAAGCAGAAAUCAGUGGGACAGUAAUGGAAAUCAUGCAGCCUGCAGCCAAUGCUGGCUUACAUAAAAAGGAGCAUGAGAUCUACUCUGAUCGGUUGCAUCAGGUGGUAAAACGCGAUGCAGAGCUGAAGCUGCAUAACAUUUCUGAGCACUAUGAAGAGAAAUGUCAGCAAUUGAGGGAGAGGUCUGUGAUGACUCAUCUCAUCCAGCAAACCAGACCACUCAAAGGGCAGGAGGAGAGGAGAAUGACAAAUAUUGAAAAGAUGCGGAUGUGUCGAAAGAAGCACAACAGCAUCAUGACGUACAAGCAGGCUGCCAUUGUCCAGGUGCCGAGGCCCCCUCCCUACACUUCACAGCUCGACCUAAAGAAGAGACAUCAGCUGCAACGCAGAGAACAACAAGCUCAGAGAGUUCAGACUGAAAUAGCCCAGUUUGAGACAAACAGGAAGAAAGUGGCCCCUUACAGUUUUGUCUCCCCUUCAAGUGGACAGCCUUUCCCUGGAGACCCCCUUGGUGGCAGCAACCGUGGCUGUGAGAUCCCUGGAAGUGGAACUAAGCUGGUUUUACAAUCCAAUAGCAAAUAUUUACAGGAUAUCCGACAGAGGGGAGAGGAGAGUGCUCUUGCUCGAGAACAGAGAGAGAAGAGACAAUUCAGAUCCAAGGUGGAGCAGCUAAUGGCCCAUGAAGCUCAGGAGGAGGCACAACGAGAGGAGCAGCUAGUGAGGCGUCUGACAAGUCAGGCUCAGCAGGAGCAGCGUUCGGCAGCUCAGCACCUCCAGAUGCGAAAGCAGAAGGAAGUGAUCCGGGAGAGCCGCCUGUUCAGAGAGAAGCAGUACCAGCAGCGAAGAGAGAGGGACUUCCGCGAGGCUCUGGAGAGGGAGGCGGCUUUGGCUCAGCAGGCUAGGUUGGAGGGUGCCGAGGAGAUCAGAAAGGAGCUCGAACUCAGUAGCAAGAUUGCUGCAGAGCGAACUGAGAGCAGAUACAAGAAGCACUUUGCUAUCUGCAAGGACACUGUGGAGCAGGUAGUGGACUUGGCCACCAAGAUCGGAGAAUAUCGACUGCUCACUGGGAAGCUGAUUCCACAGAAGUUGGUGAGAGAGUGGAAGGAACUGCUGUUCAGUGGUCUGCCUCUCUAUGAGCCAGUAAAGGACCAACAACCAGGGUUUGAAUUCUCAACCCAGCUAGACCCUGUAGAGCUUAAGAAGCAGGAGUUACUCAAAAACCAGGACUAUGAUGAAUACACUAACAUGGUAGGUGAGUGGGCAUGGCCAGAGGAAGCAGGGGAGACCAAAUUACCCCUGACCAACAACAACAUUCUUGGGCAUGUUGUCCAGCGACUGAGGAACAUUGUAAAUCCACAUGUUGUUGUGGAGCCCUCCUUACCUUCUUUCCCUCACUUUGCUCUUAAGGCUUGUGUCCUUGGCAAGUUUUGCUCUGGCAAGACCACCUGCUUAUCCAAGAUUGCCCAAGCCCAUGGCAUCCAUGUAUUAGCUGCUGACACACUGAUUGAGGAGGCACUGGAUGCUCACAAGAAUGAAGAGGUAAUGGAGCAGCAGGGAGAGAGCGAGAGUGAGAAACAGCAUACAUCCUCAACAUUACUGAAACCUGAUCUUGAAGCUCAAGAGGAGUGUAGGGACAGCAACAUAAAAUUGUCUACCCAAGCCAUGCUGGGAGCAGCUGCAGAAAAAGAGCUGAAGAAGGGCAGCACCAUUCCCGAUGAGCUUUUAUUGGACAUUAUAGUAGAGGCCAUCAGAAAAGUUCCAGCUCGUUCAGGUUGGAUCCUGGAUGGCUUUCCAGCAGACAUCACCCACGCCCACCUACUAGAGAAAGCCCUGGGCGGAUCUGUAGAUGGAGGGAAUGAUGUUGUAGACAGCAGGACAAACCUUGCUGCUGAUCCUAAUCCUCCCAAACCACCACCAGCUCCUGCUCCUGCACUGGACCUGGCUCUGCUGUUCGAUGUCCCUGAUGAGUGUGUGGUCAAACGCGCAUUUGGUCAGGAAUCUUGUGUUGACGCAGCAACCUCCCAUUCUACAGACAACGCCUUGUAUCAGGCACAGACUCUGCACAGGAUCACAGCUUUUCAUGACUCCUGGCCAAAACUGGAAAAUAUGUUUGGUGGAAAGCAAAACAUUUUGGUCCGAGUUGAUGCAGAUGUUGACGAGGAGGAGCUUUACAAGAGGGUGGAGUCUGCCCUGCAGCAAGUUAUGUUGCAAAGACAGGAAGCUUGUGUCACCUCUCAAGAUGAAGGUGAAAUGUUGGAAAGUGGGAGAGCCCUAGAAACGCACUCUUCUGCCACAUCUUCCACCGUUGACAGAUCACCAGCUAUCGCAGACAAAGCUCUGGGCCUCUCAGACUCCUGCUCAAGUCUUAAGGGAGAAAAAACAGAAAGACUGAAGUCACUUUCCAGGUCCAACUCCAACUCCCCCAGAGGACACUCACGGAGGUCAUCAAUUUCUUCACUGACCAAUAUAGACACUCGGAGAUCCACCAAGAUCCCACCUGGGUCACCUCUCCCAGGUUCACCCACCUGGGUCUACAUAGAUGAACCCCUUCCUCCUGAGAUCCCAGAGAACCUGUGCCCACAUUGGGAUGAAGUGUGCAAUUCUUAUGUGAACAACAUAAAGACAGUGAUGCAGCAGCUGCGCUCACAACGCACUGUUAUUGACCACCAUCUUUACAACAUCAGAGAGAAGUAUAAACAUUACCUCGGGCGUCCAGACUUGAAACAAGAGUUGGUGUCUCAGUGGCAGAAGGACUUCAACAGCAUUGCUGAUGAUAUGAGAGAAGACGAGGAUACCAAAGCAGAGCUACAUCUACGACUGGAUGAAUUGCGAGAACGUUUGUGGGACAUUAGUGAUAAACGAAAGGAGGAAGAUGAGCAAGAGAAGGAAGCCCUGGGGGAAAGCUGGCUGGAGGACCACAGUGCUGUUGUCAUCAACAACCACUCUGUGCUCAUGCAGGUGGAGUUGGAUCGUUUCCAGGAUACUCUUUGCAUCUUAAAAGUCUACUAUCUGGGCAUGUACAAACAAGUGCUUCCUGAGCUACCUUCAAACUUUGUCUGCAUCCCUCUACUGGACAAGGAUCUUACUGAUGAGAGUACUGAGCCAGUAGACACGAGUGUGUGCAGCCAGACGGAUGAUGGGGAGCUCAGGUGGAAAAGUAAAUUUAUUCCCUUUCUCCCGAGACGUCCUGACCCCUCCGGCGAGAUGUCCGAGACGAAAAGCGAGGGUCAAGCGGAACCUGUCAAGCAGCCUCAUGAGAAACUGAUCUCCGAUUACGAAGAAGCCCUGGCAGCCAUCAGAAAAUUGGUGUCAGCAGAAGCCCACCAGAGGGAGACAACAGAGCAGAAGGAGAAACCACCAGAGAAGGAAAAGCCAAAGGCCCCUGGAAGUGCAAAAAAAAAAGACAAUAGGAAGCAGUCGUCAAAAAAGACAAAGGAUCCACCAACCCCACCUCCUGCACCCAGCCCUGCACCAGCUGAAGCCAAAAACGCAAGGAAGAGUCAUGCAGAGAAAGUCAGAGACAAGAUACAUAAAGAAUAUGCAGCUGCACUGGGUCACGAGGGGAAUGCAGCAAAAGUGCGCAUUGCUCUAGUGAAAGGUCAUGGUCUGGUGAUGCUACACUCCCUGCAUAGUAGAGCAGAACAGACCUUCAGCAGCAUGGAGAAGUGGUUGCAGGAUCACUAUCUUACAGAAAUGAAGAGUAUUGACCAGCUAACAGAAGUAGUUCGCCACCACAUAGAGACUGAUACUAAGUUGCAGAAAGAGCUUGUGUUGGAAUCUACAGACUUCUACCUGAAUGGGGACUGUCACAUGGUGGCCAGCCCAGCCCCCCCUUCAUGUCCAACGCCUCUGGAGAAACCAAUACAGUCCACCCCCACCAUCACUCAAUUAGAGGCACUCUACCAACAGCUGUACUCUGUUGCUCCUUCAGGCCUCAUAUCCAGUUCUGAGUUCUCCAGUAUGCUUGAGGGUAUCAUCUCUGUUAACAUGGACAGGAACUCUUUGCCUCAGCUCUGGCUUGACAAAAAUAAAACACAGUGGAUGGAGAUUGUAUCUCUGCUAACAGAUGACUAUGAGCUGAUAGACUGGCGUUGCUUUCUGCUCAGUGCUGCCCUCCCUUGGCCACUUCCUUCACCGGCACAGCUUCUGGAGGUGCUACAACAUUUCAAAACAGCAGAUACUGGCAACACAGGCUACAUAAAUGAGAACCAGUACCAACAGACAGAGUUGUGGUUUUCUAAAGAGAGAGCGCAGCCUGUCCCUGAAGACCCCUCUGAGCCUGUACCUAAUGAUCGUCUGACUAACCUUCACAAGUUUUUUUUCCAGUUGUUUGCAGACCACUCCAUCUCUCCUCCACAACUGGACUAUGUGUCCAUGCUGCAGUACCUAGCAGCUGACCAUAACCCGAAAGAGGGCUUCAUCAGAGCGCUCAGCGUAGUGUCAGGACAGCAUCUCAAACACUCCUCAAUGGGUCAGCUUGUCAAAUCCAUGCCCAGUAUAGAGCUGAGCUCCCCGGACCUUGAUAAAGAAAACAAGGAAGAAGAGACUAACCCGUGUGCAUCAAGCAGUGUGCUGGAGGAGCAAGGAGUGUCCAUCUCUGCCCUCCUUGCUGUCGUCUGCCACAAACUCACCAAGAUGAAAGAGGGACAACCCAUUCUUCCAGGCUGCCCGAGUCAGCAGGAGUACACUGAGCAACUGGUGGAUGUAUUCAAAGAGCUGGGCUACAAAGCAGAGGACUGUGUCCCCUUCUCCAUUCUCUCUAAGCAUCCUUUCAUCCAGGAACUGAUAGAGACCUCAACACAGCACCAACUCGUAAACAUUCAUGGCGUACUGCUUGCCCAACCUGAUGAACGAGAGACUCACAGCCCCACCAUUUCCUAAAGGAUAAAACCUUUACAAUACAUGCUGCUGUCUGCACCA